AUGGCCGGAGAGAAGAAAACUGCAGAUCAUACCGGCCGACUCCAUGCGAAAACCGGAAAGAAGCUCCUGUCGAAGACGUCCAAGCCCAGCUCGAGCGCAAUCAGCUCUCCACCAAAAGCCGCCAUAGCUGCCCCCAACGCGAACAGAGACGAGGUCCAUCGCCGUCGCAAUCCUCUCAACGAUAUACUCAGGCGACGGAGCGGAGAUGAGCCAACAUUGGAUACAGCAAAGUCGUCAGUUGGUCAAGAUGCCGAGUCAAAAUCCGCAGUCCAGCCGAGCGGACAAACUGCUGUAGACGAGAGCAUGGUGGAUCGAGUUGCGGAGCUGGAAAGGUCUCUAGCUUCUGCAACAGAAGAGCGCAAGGCAUUACAAAGAGAGUUACUCAAGGCCAGGCGGAUUUCAUACGAGGAUCAACACAUGCAUGACAAGCCACGUCAACAUAAACCAGACUCCCCAGAAGCCGUUGCAAAUGAGCGUGGGAAUGCCGCAAAUAUUGGAGAGAACCUCUCAGGUGCCAAUGGCGACAUGGAGCCUCUCAGACAAUCUCCGAGCCCACACGACGAUAUCCCGCGAAUUUACGAUUCACGCUACAGGCUCGCCCAACCCCAGCUACAAGUCGCAUCGCGAGAUGCCAGCCAUCAUGACAUCCUGGGCCACCCAGUAUCGGCCGGGAGCGACGAAUUGAAUGAGCUUCGAAUACGGCUGCACGAGACCGAAAGGGAAUCACAGGAGAGGCUCCAACAACUGCUAUCACUAAAGUCCAGUGUAGCGUCGCUCACGCGCGUAGAAUCGCAAGUCACAGAUAGUGACAUGACAGACGCCUUGAAGCAAAUGUUUAAUCGCAUUAGAGAAUGGGCUCUCGUUGUAGACGCUAUGAUGCCAGUGUUGGAAGAACCUCUGAUGGUCGGUCUUGGACGUGUGGGGCCAUUGAGCGCAAUCCGAGCCUUCGCUGAAGGCAUUCGAAAUGACAGCGCAGAGUAUUGUGAAUGGAGACGAGCAACGAUUCGCGUGAUCGAAAAGAGUGAAAUGACAAUCUCCCUCGAGCAAGGCAAGUCCGAGGCGCUUCACAAGAUUGCAGGAGAAAUUGCGCAUGUGCUUUUUACCUUGACGUCUGUCAGUCUCGCCCCUGCCGCGCAGUCUGGCUUGAGGAGCAUACUGCACACGGCAGCUGAAUUGCAGCGCACAAUGGCGCUUCAAAAGGCGCGGUACCAGGUGCUCUUCUUCCGCAACCAAGAGGGCAGGCAGCCGUGUGCUUUUGAUGAUCGGAGAAUGGAACCCUUGAAUGAUCUUGACAAAAUGAUUGGCGAUGAUGGCGAUGCAGUCAAUGAAGCCCGGUUCUUGUUUUGCGUCUUUCCUUGCCUGGAAAAGUUUGGCGACGAGGUUGGCGACCACAUGGAUGUGAGCAACGUCUUGCUCAAGGGACAGUCAAUCGUGUUCACUCCACCAGGCGUCGGCAAGAUCCCUGUCCGCCUUUUCCUAAUAUUUGCUAACAAGAAGAGAUAA